GGCCGUCUAUUUAAAAGCGCCUGCUCGCCCGGAGCCCGUAGUCUCUUUGGAAACUUCUGCCGGGGAAAAGAGCUCUCCGAAAGAGCUGCAAAGCGGUGUGGGCUUUUUCUUUUUUCUACUCCUUUUAAUUACCCCUUCCUCCGUUUGCACCCUUCUCCGGACUUCACACAGAACCUGCGAAUUUCAAAGAAGUGGUGGCAGAGUGGGAGAAAAGAGGUGUUAGGAUUUGGGUGGGUUUUUUUUUUUUUUUUGAUUUCUUGAUUUCAACAUUUUCUCCCACCAUCUCGGCUGCAGCCAAAGCCGCUUACCUGUUCCGCGGCAGCCGCGCGCUGCUGGCAGCCGAGGGUUAGAAAGGAGCGGGGUGUGUUUUAGAUUUUAAGCAAAAUUUUUGAAGACAAAUCCAUUUUUCUCCCUCCACCCCCAUCUCCACAGCCUCUGAGCUCAUUAUUUCGGUGGUUUUGGGGUGAACAAUUCUGUGGCUGUUUUCCCCCUGCAAUUCUGACCAGAUCCGGCUUGGGGGUUUCUCUGGCCUCCGCUCACUCUGCGUGCACCUAGCGCUGCCCUUUUUUCCCCCAACCUGUUGCAAGGUUUUAAUCCUUUAAAUUGGGACUUGCUUGCAGGCAUCGCAGUCUUCCAUCUCUCCCUGUAUUUUGCAAGUGUCUGGGGGAGGACACCUGCUCUACCUGCCAGAGAUUUUAAAAAAAAAAAAAAAUUCUCCGGGCGCCCUCUUGGCCCCUUUAUCCCUGCACUCUCGCUCUCCUGCCCCGCCCGGAGGUAAAGGGGAGACUUGGAGAAGAUGGUGCUCACCGCGGUCCUCCUGCUGCUGGCCGCCUGCGCGGGGCCGGCCCAGGGCCUGGGCUCCUUCGUGCACUGCGAGCCCUGCGACGAGAAAGCCCUCUCCAUGUGCCCCCCCAGCCCCCUGGGCUGCGAGCUGGUCAAGGAGCCGGGCUGCGGCUGCUGCAUGACUUGCGCCCUGGCCGAGGGGCAGUCGUGCGGCGUCUACACUGAGCGCUGCGCCCAGGGGCUGCGCUGCCUUCCCCGGCAGGACGAGGAGAAGCCGCUGCACGCCCUGCUGCACGGCCGCGGGGUUUGCCUCAACGAAAAGAGCUACCGCGAGCAAGCCAAGAUCGAGAGAGACUCGCGGGAGCACGAGGAGCCCACCACCUCCGAGAUGGCCGAGGAGACCUACUCGCCCAAGAUCUUCCGGCCCAAGCACACCCGCAUCUCGGAGCUGAAGGCCGAGGCAGUGAAGAAGGACCGCAGAAAGAAGCUGACCCAGUCCAAGUUUGUGGGGGGAGCCGAGAACACCGCCCACCCCCGGGUCAUCUCUGCGCCUGAGAUGAGACAGGAGUCUGAGCAGGGCCCCUGCCGCAGACACAUGGAGGCUUCCCUGCAGGAGCUCAAAGCCAGCCCACGCAUGGUGCCCCGUGCCGUGUACCUGCCCAACUGUGACCGCAAGGGAUUCUACAAGAGAAAGCAGUGCAAGCCUUCCCGCGGCCGCAAGCGUGGCAUCUGCUGGUGCGUGGACAAGUACGGGAUGAAGCUGCCAGGCAUGGAGUACGUGGACGGGGACUUUCAGUGCCACACCUUCGACAGCAGCAAUGUUGAGUGAUGCGUCCCCUCCCCAUCCCCCACCCCCACCCACCCCCAGCCCCGACUCCAGCCAGCGACUCCCUCCACCCCAGGACGCCACUCAUUUCAUCUCAUUUAAGGGAAAAAAUAUAUAUAUCUAUAUCUAUUUGAGGAAA